UAAAACCGUUCAUACUCAAGCUCCGGCAUACUACAACGUUAUUGCGGCAUCGGCCGACCAGGCACGUAAUACCUGAGGGCAAUAAUUUGAGAUUGAUGCUCUGUUUGUCAGAUUAAUGUUGCGUGAAUAGAUCACUUGCAUUUCUAGAAACGCUUCAGCGGAGAUCGAGGCGGCGGCUUCAAUAACACAAAACAGCGUUCAAGUCGAGGAAUUGACACGGUGUUUCGGUUUCCGAGAGCUGCUCGCCAACAUGGAUGUGAAGGAGAUGGAUGUCCUCUCCACUGAGGUGUUACCUGUGGUCAUCAUCGGAAACGGGCCUUCUGGAAUUUGUCUUUCAUACCUGUUGUCAGGUUACACCCCGUACCUGUCACCAGGGGCAACACAUCCUAAUCCUAUGCUGCAGGGCAAGCUGAGAGAGAAGCCCCAUCUGUCUCUAUUGGAACAGGACCUGGAGUACCUGUGUGAGGGUCUGGAGGGCCGUUCGUCCAAUCCCAUGGCGGUGUUGUUUGACUCUCUGCUGCUGCCAGACAGUGACUUUGGUGUGGAUCACGCGUCCCCACUGCAGUGGCGCUACGAGCCCCAGAGGGCCAUGCCUCACCUGGUGCUGGGCAAGGGCCUCCCUGGGGGAGCCUGGCAUGCCAUGGAGGGCUCCAUGCUGACGCUCAGCCUGGCUAACUGGAUGGAGCUUCCUGGCUUGAAGCUGAAGGACUGGGUCAGAGAGAAGCGCAGGAACGUGCGUAACGACCGCGCCACCCCGGCGGAGAUCGCCUCCUACUACCAGCACUACGUCAGGCAGAUGGGCCUUGAGGGCAGCUUCGCCUGCAGCACCACCGUCACCUCCCUGGAGCGCCAGCCUGGCUCCGCCCUCUGGAGGGUGGAGGGGCUGCAGCGCGGCGCGGGGGAGGAGCUGGAGGGCGGACGCCACGGAGCCCAGGUGCCCUUCACCGUCCUGGCUCGCAAUGUGGUCCUCGCCACGGGGACCCACGACAUCCCCGCCCGCCUGGGCGUGGAAGGGGAGGGCCUUCCGUUCGUGUGCCACAGCUUCUGGGAGCUGGAGGCAGCCAUCGCCCGCGGCGAGCUCAACCAGGCGUCCGAGCCCGUGCUGGUGGUGGGGGCGGGGCUGACGGCGGCGGACGCGGUGCUGGCGGCUCACCACCUCAACACGCCGGUGUACCACGCCUUCAGGCGCUCCGUCGCCGACCCCAACCUUAUAUUCAACCAGCUGCCCCGCCUGCUGUACCCAGAGUACCACAAGGUCCACCAGAUGAUGAGCCAGCAGCAGCACCAGCCUGGCCCAGACCCAGGACAGCCCCUCCCCCCUGCCAGCCCACCUGACUCCCCUGGCCCCUCCUACUCCGGCUACCUGAGUUUCCCCAGGCACCGGGUCCUGGCCUUCCGGCCAGACAGGAAGUGCGAGCUGGAGGGGGAGGGGGGUCGACGUACAGUCCUGAAGGUCUCCAUGGCGCUGGUGUUGAUUGGCGCCCACCCCAACCUAUCGUUCCUUCCGGAGAACGGCCAGUCCUUAGGGCUGAACCCUGAGGAGCCAAUCACGUGCCGGCGGAACCCCGUGGAGGUGAACCCCUACACGUACGAGAGCGUGACGGAGAGCGGCCUGUACGCCCUGGGGCCGCUCGUAGGGGAGAACUUUGUCCGCUUCCUGAAGGGAGGGGCGCUGGCCAUUGCUAGCGACUUGGCAAAGAGACAGCAGUUUGGGGAGGGGGGCGUGGCCUUGGCCAGGGGGAUGGAGACACUGACAGUCAGCCUGCAUGCUGAGCUCAUAGACACUGGACUGGGCCGCUAACCCUGCCUGUUGCACUAGGCUGGGCCAGGGUCGUAGGCUGAGCCAGGGUUCUAGGCUGAGCCAGAGUCCUAGGCUGUCUAUUUCGUUGCUAAGCAGCUGCUGUUUUUCGAAAGGUCAGGUGACCAGCACAGGACGCUGUGACUGGGAUGACCUGCUUAAAUAUUGACUCUUCUAACUCCGGCAGAGCACCACCACUGUGGAGGAGUCUUUGUCCCAGGUUCCCUCCUGGUCUCUCUGUCUGCUGGGUCUGCAUUAGGGUCAGGGUUGUAUCACUACAGUUGCCAUAUGUUCAACAUAGUGGUAGUCCAAAGGAGGGGGGGGGGGGGUUGUUGACCUCUGUUUUCUAUGGGAUAUAAAUGUGUAUACAUUUGCUAGUUCAUAAUAUUUAAACUUCAU